AUGUCCAACACCACUGAUUCGACGAUGGUCGCACUGUUGAAUAAUAUAUCUUCGCGAUUGAAUAGUUAUAUUACGUUCUUAGUUUUCCUAUUUGGUACUAUCGGUAAUAUCUUGAGUAUAAUAGUUCUUUCACAAGCAAGAUUACGUGUCAAUCCAUGUGUUCUCUAUUUUCUUGCUUCGUCUAUAGCAAGUUUCGGCAUUCUUUUAAUUGGUUUACCCUCGCGUCUCAUGGCUGGAUUGACAUCAACCGAUCCCACGAACACAAACUCCUUGCUUUGUAAAUUUCGUAUUUUUGUUCUCUACGCAUUUCGAACCACAGCUGUGUGGCUUGUUGUUUUCGCGACAAUUGAUCGGUGGUUCGCUAGUAGUAUUAAUUACACUCGUCGACGUUUAAGUUCUCGCCGAUUUGCUUACAAAGCUAUACUGAUCAUUCAUAUUUUAUCGUUCAUUCUUUGGAUCGAAUCUCCCUUCUGCUAUGGUAUUAACGUUCCAGAAGCACCCUUGCGAUGUUAUGGCUCGUCUCAAGCUUGUCGCAUAUUCAACGAUCUUGCUUAUGCUAGUUCAACGGUGAUCAUUCCGUCAAUUCUAAUGCUAAUCUUUGGCUUACUGACGAUUUAUAAUAUUCAUCGAACACAUCAAGCAAUCCAACCGAUCAUUGCAAUAGUUACACUGGUCGAUCCAACAAAAGCACCUAGCUUACCACGACAUUAUAGCUUGUUGUCUGAAAGGUUUUCUCUCUCUCCCUCGCUCUCUCGAUUUAUUUCUUAUAUAAAUACAGCAACUAUUCAUUUGUACUCCAUUCUUCGCUGUCUUCAUUAUUUAACAAACUUACAUUCUCAAUACAAUUAUCAUGACUGA